AAUAUAAAAAUAUGUUGAGUUUGAUAUUAAUUCUUAUUCCCUGUAUAUGAGUAUUAAUAUUUUUUAUUCUUUGAGAUUUGAAUUAAAAUAAUGUGAAUAAAUUUUAUACCAGUACUACCAGUACAGGAUAAUAUUAAAAGAAGAAAGAAUUUUGGAAUUUGUGUAAAACAAUAAUAUUGAUAUAUUUAUUAUUACUAAUUAAUGUUUAUUGAUAUAUUGUUGACAAUAUAUCUAAAUAUUAUAUUUUAAAAAUAAUAUUUAUUUCAAAUAUUUUGAAAUAAUUUUUUAUUCUGAAUUGAAAAUAAAUAAAUUUAAUUCUCUAUAUAUUACAAUUAAAUUUAUCAUUAAAAAAGUAAUGGGUUAAAAAUGAAGCUAUAUAAGCUGAUAGUACAUCAAAAAACCUUUAGUGAGGAAGAUUUAAUAAUUAAUCCAAAAGAUCAUCCUAAUAUAAAAACUGGAGAUGUUGUUGAAAUUUAUCAUCCAGAAGUUGAAUUUAGUCGUUUACUUCUUCAAGUUACAUCAUUUAAAGAAGAUUUACAAGGACGUGAAACAAUUAGUGUGGAAAAUAAUGUAGCCACAAUGUUUCAAUUAAGAACAUUUACAGAUGUAUAUAUGAAUGUUGUUAAUCCAGAUGAUGUAGCUUUGGAUUCUGUUGAGCUUACUUUUAAAGAUCAAUAUUUGGGUCGGAGUGAAAUGUGGAGACUAAAAAAUAGCUUGGUAAAUACUUGUGUAUAUAUGAACAAAAAAAUUGAAUUCUGUGGAGGCAGUAUAAGAUGCCAAGUGUAUGAAAUGUGGUCUCAAGGUGACAGAGUUGCUUGUGGUGUUAUAAAUAAUGAUACUAAGGUUGUAUUUCGUUCUUCAACAAGCAUGGUAUAUCUUUUUAUUCAAAUGAGUUCAGAAAUGUGGGAUUUUGAUAUUCAUGGUGAUUUAUAUUUUGAAAAAGCUGUUAAUGGAUUUUUAGCUGAUUUAUUUCAAAAAUGGAAAAAGAAUGGCAGUAAUCAUGAAGUAACAAUAGUUCUAUUUUCAAGAACAUUUUAUAAUGCUAACAGUCCAGAAGAAUUUCCAAAUCAUAUGCACUAUCAAAAAAUUGUAUUAGAAUAUCAUCAAAAACCAGGUGUUUCUAUACCAAAAGCAGUUAAUUCAACAGCUGCCCAAGGCAAUUUUUUAGAAGUUUUAAAUAUGUCUUUAAAUGUAUUUGAGAAACAUUAUCUGGAUCGUAGUUUUGAUAGAACUGGUCAAUUAUCUGUAGUGAUUACACCUGGUGUAGGUGUUUUUGAAGUUGAUAGAGAAUUAACAAAUGUUACAAAACAAAGAAUUAUUGAUAAUGGAGUUGGUAGUGAUUUGGUAUGUGUUGGUGAACAACCAUUACAUGCAGUACCUCUGUUAAAGUUUCAUAAUAAAGAUACAUCUAUUAAUGCACCUGAUGAUUAUAGUAUGCCACAUUGGAUUAAUCUCAGUUUUUAUUCAACAAAUAAAAAAAUUCCCUAUUCAACAUUUAUACCUCGUAUAAAACUUCCUCAAAGGAUAUCAAAACAAUCAAUGGAAAACGGAAAAUUGCAAUGUAAAAAUAAACUUUUGCAAGAAGAUCCAAGAGAAUGUUUACAUAAUACUUUAUUUGAUUAUGAUGCAUAUGAUGCACAAGUUUUUCAGUUACCUUCAGUUCACACAUCAAGUAGUUUGCAACGGGUUACAACAAGAACUAAAAAAACAAGUGUUACAAGUAUGGAAACACAUAAUAAUGCACAUAUAUUAAAACUUUUAAAAAGAAAAAUGUCAGAUCCUGAUAUACAUCAUCCACCACCUGAAUCUCACUCACCUCCAGCUGCUACAAGAAGUGCAGCAAUUUUAAUACCUUCCAGAAUAGAUGAUAUAACUAAUAAUGAAUCUAAUGGAGAAGUUAAUGAAUCAAGAAUAUCAGUAAAAAGCGAUUUAACCGAUUCAGAAAUAUCACCACCAUUUAGGCCAGUUGUUGGUAGUGCUGGAAGUCCCACAAAUACAAUAUCUCAACCUACAAAUAUUAGACCAAGUAGAGCACUUAUAAAUCCAUUUGAUCCAUCUCAUGUUACAAUUAAAUUAACUAGUAACAGACGGAGAUGGACGCAUAUUUUUCCUAAAGGACCAACAGGUGUGCUUAUACAGCAACAUCAUUAUCAAGCUGUACCAACACAAAUGUGUUCAGAAUCACAAUCUGAUAUUACUUCUACUAUAAGUGGUUCCUCUAUGGAACAUAAUGACAUCUCUAAUUCAAAUAAUAUUCAAGAUCAUACAAAAAAUAAACCACAAAGAUUAAAUCUUUCAUUAUCAAAUGCUGAUAAAAGUGGGAAUCCAAUAUCUUCUACAGGAAAUAAAUCUUUAACAUUAUUAUGGGGUGCUACUGGUGAACAGGAAUGGACACCAGCACUUACAACAGCAAUCAUAGGUGUUGAUUGGAAAUCAUUGACAAUUCCUGCAUGUUUGCCUAUUACUACAGAUUAUUUUCCUGACAAAAGAAGCUUACAAAAUGACUAUGUGGUAUCAGAUUAUAAUCUUCUACCUGAUGAUGUUAAUACAGAUUUUGCUCAACAACGAGCUAUAUAUAAAAAGCCUUUAACAACUGCCGAAGUAUUUAAAGAACUUGUAUCGCAAAGAUUAGCGCAGGGUUUUCAAUUAAUUAUCUUAGCACAAAAUAAUAAAAAUCAAAGCAAUACACCUGGUAGUACUACUGUUCCUGCAAUAAGUUCUGUAAUGCGAGGACGGCAAACAGAAUCAGAACCUAAAGAAGAAUAUUUGCUAAGUAUUGGUAGAAUAUUUCAUAAAAUAUCUUUAUUUGAUAAUUGUAUAACAGUAACAAGAUAUCGGCCAAGACAUCCAUAUCCUCCAUUUAAUAUUCAUUAUCUUUAUCGAUUUCAUGCACCACAUCAUGAUACUUAUGAAGUAUCAUGGAUAUCUUUUACAACAGAAAAAUUAGAAAAUUAUAAUUGGAAUUAUUUAGACCAUUAUAUUUGUACUAGAGGUCAUACCGACUUUGCUUUAGUAGAGGCACUUAAAUAUUGGAGAUUUCGUGUAUUUUUACUUCCUUUACAUAAUUCUGCGACUCGAAAAUUUUCAGAAGGAUCAUCGAGAUGUGACAUAUACACGCCUCUCACUACUUCUGAACAAGUUUCUCUCUUGGAUGGAUUUUUACGAUUCAUUGAGCUGUGGCCCAAUAAAAUACGACGUCCGAAUCCAAAUAAAAAUUGGAACCCUUCAACUCUAGGUGGUGUUUCCCAGAGAGAUCCCGCCUCUCACUUGACCAGGCGCAGGCACAGCACGAGCCUGAUUGUCCUCACUAACCAGAAAAUAUUGGUAGUGAGUGAGGGAGUGACGGGGUUCUCUGUACAGGAGAGGCAUGUAGUGAAUACCGCUGCGGCUGCCCGCACGUGCCUCGACACUCCUCGCCACGUGCCAAACAGAUCAGGUUCCAAAGUGAUGGAUAGAGGACGAAUCUCACCCGCUAGUGAAGCUGUGUUACCUCUUUCACUUGAGCAACAGCAAGAUCAUUUUGAUUCUAAUGAAGAUAGUUCAAGCAUGGAAUUGACGAAGUUAAAAAAUACUGCAUCAAAUAAUGAAAUUUUAGAGGCAAUGAAACAUUCGCAAAAUGGAGUGGGAUUUCUUACACAACAUCCAUCUCUUCCAAGCCAAACAUUUGUCAGUGCAGAUGCAGUACAAUGGUUAAAUAAUCAUAUAGAAGGAGGAGUGACAGUAGAGAAUGCUAUUAAUAUAAUGAAUGGUAUGAUACAGGAUAAGUUAAUAUGUCAUGCAUCUGGAGAUUUUUCAAAACCAUUCAUUCUAGGAUUUUAUUUAUACCAUAUAGUACAAGAUAAAGAAAAUCAAAGAGCUGGAGACUAUUUUUCACCUCUAGGAGAUUUGCAAAGUUUUGAAAAUGAAUGGGUAGAAGUUGAAAUAAAAGCACCCAAAGGUUGGUGCGAACCUCCCUCGACAGGAUCAUUUCCUCCGAUGACUAUACCUAGUUGCGAUACUGUAGAUGAAUCAAAUGUAGUAUCAUUUCUUAAAGAUGAUUUAGACAUAUCAGACAUUGCAGAUGAGGCAGAGUGGCAAGUUCCAUUAUAUAAACACACUCAUUUAGAUAUAGAUAUAAACAAUAAAAGUGAUAGGAUUGAAUGGGGACAUUUAAGAUAUCAAUCUAUAUAUAAAGUGGAUCAUUCUUAUGAACUAGUAGUACAAUGGGUUGCAUCAUCUGGUAGUAUAGUCGCUGAUCUUAUAUUUGUGUGCCAACGUAAGGCUCAAACAUGUGGAAUUCAAAUGGUUCCUAUUCCCAGUGAUUUGCUAGCAUUACCAUUCACUUUAAGAAGUGAUCCUUUAAGGGGACCUAUUUUUAUACCAUUAAAUACUGAAUGUCUCAUGGCAAACAAACGGCAUCUUUUUGAAGAAUUUCGAGAAGAAACUUACGCACAAAGAUUCUUUCUGUUUCAAGAAACAAUCAUACAAAGAUUUGGUUUUGUUCCAUGUUUAAUAGAAAGUACUGAAAAUGAUCAUCAAUAUGUUCACAUGACUGGCAAUGCAUUUAUAUUAAUUCCUUCUACAAUAAACACAAAAGCUCGUCCUCGAACUGCUACCAAUAUUGUAAGACGAAAUACGGGACAGAAAGGAUAUCCAAUUCAUUCUGAUCAACCUAGUCCUCAUGAAGCAUAUAUUACAAGACAUGUUAGCGGGAAAAAUAAAGAUGAUUAUAAUAAAGAUAAAAGGAUUGGAUUUCUUUGGUCAUGGAAUCAUAUGAUUAGUCGAAAAUGGAGAUCGUCAUCUACAUUAAUUGGCGAUGAAUUAUUUCAAAAAAAACUUAUUCAAGACUUUAGACAUUUUUGUUCAAAUGGGGACAACAGAUUAAAACAAUUUUGGGAAUCUUGUUGGGAAAUAAAAGAAAAAUCAUGUACGAAAACGAACUAAAAUAUCAAGUAAUAUCAAAUAUAUAACAUAUAUAUUGUUUUAUAAGUUAACAUCUUAAUUAUAAUAUUUAAGGAAUUUAAUUUCAUUAUUAUUAAAAUAAGUAUCUCAUUUAAAUAGUUAAGAAAUAAUUUAAACUAUACUAUGUACUUGUGAUACGAUUAUUCUUAUGAAAACGAAAGUAUGUACAAAAAUUAAUAAGAUAUUUUAGUGUUUAAAAAACAAUGUAAAAGAACUGAAAAGCAAUGUUUAUAAUACAUAUUUCAAGUUUACUUAGUUUGCAUAAGAUAUUUGUUUACGAAAUUAAUGAUGAUAAUAAAUUUAUAAUUUUUGUUAC